AUGAACCUUUCAUCGGAGCACAAGCCCCUUGGGAAGCAGGUGACCAGCAGCCUGCACACGGUGAGUAAGGUGUCUCCAAUCGUGGAGCUAAAUGUCGGUGGGGAAAUGUACACCACAACACUGAGCACUCUAAAGAAGCACCCUGGCUCCAAGCUGGCAGAGAUGUUCACAGGCAACCACAAACCCAGGACUGACUCUGAAGGGAGAUUCUUCAUCGACAGGCCAGGCACCCACUUCAAAUACAUCCUGGAAUACCUGCGCAGCAACCAGGUGCCCACCCAGUGCAUCCAGGAGGUCUACAAGGAGGCUUUGUUCUACAACAUUGACCCUCUCAUCAAGCAGCUAGAAGAUUCCCCACAGAUCUUUGGGGAGGUGGUGGCGAGGAAGCAGUUCCUGGCCCGUGUGCCCAACUACAGUGAGAACAUUGAGCUGAUGAUCCACAUCGCCAGGGCCGAAGCGGUCGCGUCCCGCCGGUCGAGCGUCAUCGUCUGCGUGGUCAGAAGUGAGGAGGACGUGGCCAGAUGUCAGGAUGCCUUGAGCAGUUUGGACAUGGAUAAAAAAUCCGUGGUGAAAUUCGGGCCCUGGAAAGCGGCCCCAGGUAUCUCGGAUCUGCUGGACUGCAUCCAAAUGGACCUGGAAGCCAAAGGGUAUAAAACAUCCUUCCAGCCCCACAUCGCCGAAAAAGGUUUUCGCUUCAAAUCCCACGACUACUUCUACAAGUUCUUGUUCACCUGGUGGUAG